UUAUGGAAGCUAUGUAAUGAAAGUGCGGCAGUUCCGGGUCGGAUCUGUCAUCCCUGCAUUGUGAUCCCGGCACUGAUUGGGGGUAACGGCUCACCUUCUGGACCGCUGAUCAGAACUGAACCUGAAGACAGACCCAAACUGAACAAACAUGGAUCUCGAUAUUGUGAAUAUGUUCCUGAUUGCAGGUGGUACACUUCUGAUCCCAAUUCUGGCCUUCACUGCAUCCUUUCUCGUAUGGCCGGCUGCUCUGAUUAACAUCUAUUACUGGUACUGGCGACGGACGCUGGGUAUGCAGGUUAAAUAUGCCAACUAUGGAAAUUAUACAUUUUGUUACAUUACCAGAGGGAGACCAGGCCCCAAACCUUCUUUAUUAAUGUUACAUGGAUUCUCUGCCCAUAAAGACAUGUGGCUGUCUGUAGUUAAGUUCCUACCUAAGCACCUUCACCUGGUGUGCGUGGACAUGCCUGGUCAUGAGGGAACUACUCGGUCUGCUUUGGAUGACUACACGGCCAAUGAACAAGUUAAAAGAAUACACCAGUUUGUAGAAAGUAUCAAUCUGAAUAAGAAACCAUUCCAUCUCGUGGGCACUUCGAUGGGUGGAAAUGUGGCUGGUGUUUAUGCUGCUCAAUAUCCAGCUGAUAUCUGCUAUCUGUCUCUGAUAUGCCCUGCUGGCCUUCAAUAUCCAAAUGAUAGUAAAUUCCUGAAACAACUGAAAGAAUCAGGCGAUCCACAGAAAAUCUCUCUCAUUCCAUCAACGGCAGAAGAAAUGGGGGAAAUGCUGAAGCUCUGCUCCUACGUGCGAUUUAAAAUUCCACGGCAGGUUUUGCAGGGCCUUGUCGAUGUACGCAUUCCUCACAAUGAAUUUUACAGAAAACUGUUUUUAGACAUAGUCAGGGAGAAUUCACGUUACAGUCUACAUGAGCACAUGGCUAAAAUCAAAGCUCCUACCCAAAUAAUAUGGGGCAAGCAGGAUCAGGUGCUGGAUGUUUCCGGAGCUGAUGUUUUGUCUAGUUCGAUACCUGGAAGCCAGGUGGAAAUACUAGAAAACUGUGGACACUCAGUGGUUAUGGAGAGACCCAGAAAAACUGCUAAACUAAUAGUGGACUUCUCAUCAUCGUUGAAAGACGGGGAGAACCACAAAAAGCAAGAUUAAUAUUCAGGAUGCCGAGGGUACUGCAGUUCUUUGGAAACUCUGAGAUCCUCAAGGAAAUUGUAGAACAUUUAGGAAUGCCAUUUAGUUCCUAGUGGACAUAAUGAUCGCUAGAAUGUUUGACUGAGCUACAAAAAGGCCCAAUGGGCAAAGUUUCAUGGACACUGAUCAUAAAGGCCACGAGUGGUCUUUGGCAAAUAUAUGGCCGAGUAACCAAUACUCACUCAAAGUAAAGUAUAUUGCUCAGCUCACAGGAGUCUGUUCAUGACGCAGACAUGUAUGCCUCCAUAGGCAGCUAUGAUCAAAACCUUGUGAUUAUCGACUCACAAUCUUGUGUACGACACUAAAUAUUAGAUAUCUGUUCUGCCUGUUGAUGGAAACACACAAAACAUUCGGGAAAAAACUGUUAUAUUAAAUGCCAGUAGUGGGAAGGGGGUAUAUUAGAUAAUAACUUGUAGGUGUAGCCAGUUAUAAAUUUACUGUUGGAAAAUUAAGCAAAGAACUAUAGGAGCGACUGCAGGAGUAUGUAAAAUAUCACUGGACAUUUGCACAUACGUGUAAAAUAAGUGCCAGAAAAAAACAAAACUCUUUGACAACUGUAGCAUUGCUGAAAAAAAAAUAUCUCACAGAUGGAUGGGGUUCAUUUAAAAUGUUGUCAAUAGAUUUAGAAAAAGUCACCUUAGAUAAAUGUACAACACAGGAAUUUAACGCCAUAUCUUAUUGAUUUUUAAUGUGUUCAAAAUUGCUACAAUUUUGAAAAAUUGCAUAUUUUCACUCCAUAUAUGUAUUUACAUUCCAAUCGGCACCAGAACCAGCAUACCCUGUAGAACGCUGGGUAAGUGCAGCGGGAAAGAUUAGGGUACUUUAUAAAAAUGGUAGAAGUAUGUGUACUGAUGGAAGCUGGCCAUACUGCAGUAUGUCAUAUAAGUGAAGUGUCUAGGGUGUCUGUAGAGUAUAGAGCCUUUAUUCACACUUUUCCCCUUUGGUGUCAUUAUGAUGUUAUUGUGAUUUUCUGUUGGCUGCUAAAAGAACUACAGGGUUAUUCAAUAAAGUGUGAACCACUUGGAAUUCAAUGUGAAUUUCAAAUUUAGACCAAAAUAGCUGAUCUGGGAAAAGCUUGGGCUUUACGAAUUUUUCCGAUUUGGCUUUUCUGGUUUAAAAUAUUAAAUUCAUUUAGAAUUUCUGACACUUCAUACUUUAGUAAUUACUGCCUGUAUGUUGACAAACUGUAUCAAGGACCAGGUCUAAAUGACAUUGAUGCAUUAUAAGCAGUGAUAUGUGUAUCAUAUUCCCACCUGGAAAAAAAGUCACUCAGUAGCUCUUUAACAAAUGCAACUUGUUGUAUGCAAUGAAUGUUUGCAAAAUGGUUUUUUAGUAAUUCUAAAUGUACUACACCAAGUACUGUAAUUCUUUAUAAAACCUCUGAGAUCACUGGCAAAAAAAAGUCUAGACAUGCAAUAGCUCUUCAACUCUUAGCCGUCCAAGUUAAAAAAAAAAAAAAAAAAUGAAAUCAAGAUGAACUGUUCCAUAAUGUGCAGACAAUACCGACCAAUUGAUUUGUAUCUGAAUUAUAGAUGGAGCUGUUGUAUUGGCUAUACUAAGCUGCAGUGUUUGAAAUAUGCACAACAUACUGUGAAAUCAAAUAAGGAUAAGCCUGAUAAUUUUGCUUCCUGAUGCACAGCAUGCCAAACUUUAUACUUCUUAUAUAAAAUGAGGUUAUUUGUCAUUUAUUUAAUUUAUUUACUUGUUAAAAUUGUGUUAAACCACUAGAUGUCUAUGUAGAGCUCAUU